GGUGGGGUCCCUGCCCCCUUGAGGGGGGGUCCCUGCCCCCAGGGGGGCUCUCGCCCGGGGGGCGCUGACCCCCCGCCCCCCCAGGUGGUCCUGCUCUCGGCCACGAUGCCGCUGGACGUGCUCGAGGUGACCAAGAAGUUCAUGCGGGAGCCGAUCCGGAUCCUGGUGAAGAAGGAGGAGCUGACGCUCGAGGGGAUCCGGCAGUUCUACAUCAACGUGGAGCGCGAGGAGUGGAAGCUGGACACGCUGUGCGACCUCUACGAGACGCUGACCAUCACGCAGGCCGUGAUCUUCAUCAACACCCGCCGCAAGGUCGACUGGCUCACGGAGAAGAUGCACGCGCGCGACUUCACCGUCUCGGCCAUGCACGGCGACAUGGACCAGAAGGAGCGAGACGUCAUCAUGCGGGAAUUCCGCUCGGGCUCCAGCCGCGUCCUCAUCACCACCGACCUCCUGGCCCGGGGCAUCGACGUCCAGCAGGUUUCGCUCGUCAUCAACUACGACCUGCCCACGAACCGCGAGAACUACAUCACCCGGAUCGGCCGCGGCGGCCGCUUCGGGCGCAAGGGCGUCGCCAUCAACAUGGUGACGGAGGAGGACAAGCGGACGCUGCGCGACAUCGAGACCUUCUACAACACCUCCAUCGAGGAGAUGCCGCUCAACGUGGCCCGACCUCAUCUGAGGCGGCCCCGGACGCCGGGGCCCCCCGGACGCCGGGGCCCCGCCCCCCCCACCCCCUUUUUGUUGGCUUUUGAAUAAAAACGUCGCUUCGGGGAGGUGAAAAAGGAAAUCCCCCGCGGCCCCCCGA